AUGGUCGUUCUGGCAGCAUCGAUAUGUACCCGCGGGGGCAAGGCUGUCCUCUCGCGCCAGUUCCGAGAAAUCUCUAGGUCUCGCAUUGAGGCCCUGCUGGCCUCGUUCCCCAAGCUUGCGGAUUCAGGCACCCAACACACCACCGUCGAGCAGGACAACGUGCGCUUCGUGUACCAGCCAUUGGAUGAGUUAUACAUUGUCCUGAUUACCAACCGUCAAUCGAAUAUCCUUCAAGACAUCGACAGCCUGCAUCUCUUUGCGCAAGUGACCGCCAGCAUCUGCAAGAGCUUGGACGAGCGGGAGAUUCUGCGCAAUGCCUUUGAGCUGCUGAGCGCCUUUGACGAAUUGGUGACGCUGGGAUACCGGGAGAAUCUUUCUCUGUCACAGAUCAAGACCUUCUUGGAAAUGGAGAGUCACGAGGAAAGAAUCCAGGAGAUCAUUGAGCGAAACAAAGAACUGGAAGCCAGCGAAGAGCGGAAGCGGAAGGCUAAGCAGUUGGAGAUGCAGCGCAAGGAAGCUGCUCGCGCUGGUCGUGGUGCUGCGCCUCGGACUCCCUCCUACCCCGUCUACACACCUCCCUCUCGCCCGUCCGCGCCGGAUACUUAUGAUACCUAUGAGGCAGAGAAGAAGAAGUCGUUUGCCAAGCCCAUUCCUUCCCGCGGCAAGGGCAUGCAACUCGGCAAGAAGUCCAAGGCGACCGAUAUCUACGAAAAGGUUCGGGGCGACUUGGGCCCCGAAGAAGAGGCCAGCCCGUUGUUCAGUCCACAGAUCUCGAACCCGGUGCAAGAGCCGUCGUCUGCUCGCGAGUCCCUUACUGCGGACCGGGAGCCUGUCCAGAUCACGAUCUCCGAGCAGAUCUCGGCUUCACUCACCCGUGAAGGAACCUUGAAGUCGUUUGAGGCCAAGGGUGACCUUCAGCUCCGCAUCACCGACCCCUCCUUCACAAAACUCCGACUCGAGCUCCAGGCAAACGCCACACACAAUGCCCAGUUCCGGACGCACCCUAAUGUCGACAAGGCCUUGUUCACCAACUCAUCGGCGAUCCAGCUGAAGGAUACCUCGAAGCGAUUCCCUGCUAACAAUGCUAUUGCCGUUCUGCGGUGGCGAGUAGUUAGCACAGGGACUGACAACACCGACAUUCUUCCCAUUACCUUCACGGUGUGGGUGAACAAGGGCUCUGAUUCGACUACUGUGACCGUGGAGUACGAGCUCAGUGGCACGGACAGUCUACGGGAUGUUGUGGUUACGAUUCCCUUCGGCGCGACUGAGCCCGCGGUGUCCAGCUUCGAUGCAAUCUACGAGGUCUCCGGGGACAGCCUUGACUGGAAUUUGGGCGUUGUCGAUGAAUCCAACCCAUCAGGCAGCUUCGAGUUUGAGUCGACAGACGGCGAUGAGGACGAAUUCUUCCCGAUGAGCGUGCGCUUCUCCAAGACCCGCCCCUUCGUCGAUGUCGAUGUCACCAGCGUCUCCCUCUUGGAGAUGGAAGGCGAAACUACCGGGUUUACCAAGGACAUCAAGAGCGUUGCCGAGAACUUCCUGAUUGAAUAA